UAUAUAACUUCUCCCGGCCCCGAAUCGUACACCAUUUCCCCAUCGCCACCACCACAGCCAUGGAAGCCAUUCCUCCUCGCAGAGAUCCCUAUCUCGAACACGGAAUCCUCUGUUCUUAUGCUCCACUCCCGGAUGAGGAAGCGCAGCCAGAGAUCCCGGCAACUCGCCGGGGACCCAUGAAGGUUUUCGCUUCGACCGUAACGGCUGUCUUUUUCUUGGCUUUGUUCGUGAUGUUGUUGGGAAGUCAGAGAUCGGAGAUCCCAGAAGCAGUAAAACUCGGAAGUAGUAGUUCAUCGGAGGCGUCGGAGAUUUCAAGGCCGGUAUCUAGAGGUGUCGCACAGGGCGUGUCGGAGAAGGCGUUCAGACUUUUCUCCGGCGAUGGAGAUGGAUACUCGUGGACCAACGCUAUGCUGUCUUGGCAGAGAACUGAAUACCACUUUCAGCCAGAGAAGAACUGGAUGAAUGAUCCUAAUGGCCCAUUGUUCUACAAGGGUUGGUAUCACCUGUUCUACCAGUACAACCCAGAUAGCGCAAUUUGGGGGAACAUAACAUGGGGACAUGCCAUAUCAAAGGACCUGAUCCACUGGCUUCACCUGCCCAUAGCAAUGAUCCCUGAUCGCUGGUACGACAUCAACGGUGUCUGGACGGGCUCUGCCACCAUGCUCCCCAACGGCACCAUCCUCAUGCUCUACACUGGUUCCACCAACGAAUCCGUUCAGGUUCAGAACCUGGCCUACCCGGCCGACCCAUCCGAUCCUCUCCUCGUUCAUUGGGUCAAGUACCCUGGCAACCCGGUCAUGGUCCCACCCUCAGGAAUCGGCCUGACCGACUUCCGAGACCCAACCACGGCCUGGUUCAGCUCGGACGAAGUCUGGCGGGUCACCAUUGGGUCCAAGGUCAACACCACGGGGAUCUCCCUGGUCUACACAACAAAGGACUUCCUCUCCUACGAGCUCCUCGACGGUGUCCUCCAUGCCGUACCGGGCACUGGCAUGUGGGAGUGCGUGGACUUCUAUCCCGUCUCGACCACCGAAGAGAACGGCCUUGAUACGUCGGUGAACGGCCCCGGAGUGAAACAUGUCCUCAAGGCCAGCCUCGACGACGACAAGCACGAUUACUAUGCGCUAGGGACCUACGAUCAGAAGACCGAUACAUGGACGCCGGACAACCCUGAGCAAGACGUGGGCAUCGGAAUGAGGUACGAUUACGGCAAAUACUACGCGUCGAAGACGUUCUACGAUCAGAACAAGAAGAAGAGGAUUCUGUGGGGUUGGAUUGGUGAGACAGACAGCGAGAAUGCCGACAUUGACAAGGGCUGGGCUUCCGUUCAGAACGUUCCGAGGACGGUGGUGUUCGAUAAGAAGACAGGGACCAAUAUUCUUCAGUGGCCAGUAGAGGAGGUGGAGAGCUUGAGAAUUAGCAGUCAAGAGUUCAGCAAUGUGAAGGUCAAUGCUGGAUCAGUAGUGCCGCUUGAGAUCGCGGAAGCCACACAGUUGGACAUAACGGCCGAGUUUGAGAUAGAAAAGGAGGCAUUGGAGGGAACCAUUGAAGCUGAUGUAGGAUACAACUGCACCACCAGCGGUGGGGCUGCUGGUAGGGGUGCACUGGGACCGUUCGGUCUAUUGGUUCUUGCAGAUAAAGAUCUCUCCGAACAGACCCCUGUGUAUUUUUACCUGGCUAAGGGUAGUGAUGGCAAUGUCAAGACAUUCUUUUGCAGCGAUGAAUCAAGGUCUACUGAGGCCAAUGAUGUUGGUAAACUUGUAUAUGGAAGCACAGUUCCUGUGCUUGAUGGUGAAAAACUAUCUAUGAGAUUACUGGUUGAUCAUUCCAUAGUGGAAAGCUUUGCUCAAGGUGGGAGAACGGUGAUCACAUCGCGGGUUUAUCCAACGAGGGCCAUAUAUGGAGCAGCCCGGCUCUUCCUUUUCAACAAUGCCACUGGUGCCAGCAUUUCUGCCUCCCUUAAGAUAUGGCAAAUGAAUUCUGCAUCCAUUAGACCUUAUCCUGGUCAAUAAAAAGAUAUGCAACCUUCCAAAAUUGCCUUCCUUCUUGUAUCAUUUUUUAUGAUCUUAUCUCAUUUUUGUGUCGAGCAACUGCCAUUAAUUUUGAAGGCUUUUUAUCCUACCAGUGAUAUCUAUUGGAUCAAAAUGGAAGGAUAUGUAGAAAAAAUUUUGUUUGUAACCCAGAGAAUAAAUUAUAAGUUUUCCCUA